GACUAGUUAUAAUUAGAAUACUUUAUCGCGUUUAAGUACACUAUAGAAGAGUCCGAUAAGCGUAUUUGUCAAUUAUGCAAUUUAUCGUCGCUAGUGACAGUAUUUUCUGAACAGUAACCGGAAUCAAAAACGCCGCUCCAACACUGACAAUUGACACUGUUGACAGUGCCGGCAAUGCAGCUCGCUGUAAUGUGACUUCCACCUGUCAAAACACCGAUCUCUCCAAAACAGUUAUUCAAACUACAUUUUUCUCAAUAAUGUGGAACGCCCCGCUAAUUCCAUUCAUCCACGUUUCAUCAAACGGCUGAGGCGUAAAAUUCCGCUAGGAACACUCCUGUACACCGUGAGUUUUAGUGAAAACGAAAAAUGCAGAGAGCAUUCCUUGACGUCAACGGCGUGAGAACUAACGUCCUAACGUACGGGAAAUGGGUGGAAGAGGCGGCUUCAGAGCAGCCACAGGACAUAAUUCUGGUGAUUCCUGGAAACCCGGGGGUUACUGGGUUCUACAAGAUGUUUAUGCACACCCUGCACGAGAAAACCGGUUUUCCGGUGUGGAUCGUGGGUCAUGCGGGGCAUGACGUCCCUAAGAAGAGCGCGGUUUGUGGGGUACAAGGUCUAAAAGGGAAUGAGGAGUUGUUUGGGAUGAAAGGACAAAUUGAACACAAGAAAGAGUUUAUCAAGAAAUAUGUGCCUGCUAAUGCACGCCUACACCUAGUUGGACACUCCAUAGGCACCUACAUCAUCCUAAACCUACUAAAAAAUGAAGAAUUUAACGCUAGAGUGGUCGACGUUAAUUUACUUUUCCCCACAAUCGAACACAUGGCGGUUACCCCCAAUGGGAAAUUUCUAACCACUUUUGUUAAACCCAUUGUUUGGUUGAUAGUGUUCUUGUCCUGGAUUUACACAGUUUUACCCUCAAUUCUUCAGAAUUUUCUGAUGUACAUGUACAUGAAAAUCGCCUGCGUGCCUAGAAUGCACUUUAGGACUUUAGUGAGUUUCAUUGAUCCUUCCAUCAUGGAAAAAAUUUUCUUCAUGGCGUUUGAAGAACUGGAUCAAGUGGAAGAAAGGGAUGACGCCACCAUAAAAAACAACAAAGACAAAAUCAGACUUUUGUAUGGGAGAAGUGACGGCUGGGCCCCUCCAAACUACUGUGAGACACUCAAAAAUGACCUGGUUGGAAUCAAUGCGGAAAUUAGCGAAUUCGACCACGCUUUUGUUUUACGGCAAAGUCGGCAAGUUGGUAGCAUUGUAGGAGAAUGGAUACGAGCCUAAGAACAAAAUUCGACUUAUAUUAUUAGUUUAGUUGGUUUUGUGAUAAUAAAGUUGGUGUGGAAAA